CACUUAUAUAUUAUUCUUUGGCAAGAAGCAAAACAAAAAUUGUUUAAGAUGGCAAUACUUGUGAUGUGUGUCUUAUUUUGAUUUGGCGCUUUUUUUAUCGUUUGACAUUAGGAGUAUAAUAUUUGUGGGAAAUAAAGUUUCGCGAAUCGAAACAUUUUUAUUGUUUUCAGGAAAUUUGUGUUCAUAAGAAACGAGUUUUGCAAGAUCGGAACGUUUCUAUUGUGUUUAAAAAAUUUAAUAAUUUUAAAGCAAUAUGUCAAACUUAAAAGAUGAUGAUGAUAAACCAACUAGUGGAAAAAAGAUGGUUCAAGCCAGGCUGCCGUUUAAAAUAAUUCCACCUGCACCGUCAGUGAGUACUAGUGAAAUAACUACUGAAUCUAAAAAUCCGCCUCAUGCUAAUGAACAUGAAAUUGUAAACGAUUCGCGGAAGCGUAAGUUAUCAUAUUCUGAUGAAGAACACAGAGAAAAUGUCACGAAACGUCGGUCUGUUAGUAAAGAAAAUUCAACCAACAAUAAAAAGAGAAAAUCUGAUGUAGUUGUGGAAGAUAGUAUUGUUUUAAUAGAUGAAAUUGAAGAUUGUGAUAACAAAAAGAUUUUCAGCAGUUCUCAUAUUUCAAUUACGUCAGAUAAAUCAAAUAAUACAAAAUCAAAGCUAAAGGGUGCUAGAACACCACAGAGCGCUGACAAAUCAAAAAAAAACUUAGUAAAAAUAAAACUUCCAUUAAGUUCUACGAAAAUCAAAAGAAGCAAGUUAUCACUGGAGAAAUCAGAUGCUGAGGAACCAACAUUGAGUGAUGAUAUGGAAAUUAUAGCUGAAAAAUGUAAUCCACAAAAACGUCAAAAACAAGAUCAAAUGGAUGUACAUGAUACAAAAACGAGUACACCAACAAAAUUGAAAGAUGAAACCCCAUUAAAAACAUCAAAUGAAUCUAAUCUGGAAGUGAUUUCGAUUUCUGAUAUUGACAGUGAGAACACACAUGAAGAUGAUUGUGCAGAUGGUUCAAUAAGUUCAAAUGAUUUAAGUUCUCGGUCAAAAAAAUCAAGUAAAAAUUUAUCAGAAAAAAUGAAUACAUCUAAAAAAAUUAAACAAGUAAAUAAAAAUAACUUAACUCCCAAACAAUUAAAGAUCGAUGAGCAACGUCGAAGAUUACGAGAAGAAAAAGAGCACAAAUUAAAUGAAAUGAAGUUGCAAAAACAAAAAGAAAAAGAAGAUAAAGAAUUGGCAAGGAAACGUGAACGUGAUGAGAAAGAGAACCAAAAGCGUAAAGAACGUGAAGAAAAAGAUGAACAAAAACGAAAAGAUCGGGAAGAAAAGGAACGAAAACGCCUAGCCGAUAUCGAAAUUAAAAACGAAGAAAAACGUAAGCGUGUUGAAGCCAAGGAAGAGGAACAACGUAAAAAGGACGAGGACCGUAGACGGAGGGAACAAGAAAAGGAAGAUGCAGAUUUAAAAAAGAAGAAAGCGGCUGAAGCGUUUACUAAAUUCUUUGUUCCAAAAAGAAAUAUUUUAAAUGCAAAACUUGAGCAAAUACCACCAAACAAUUGUGAUGAAAGCGCAUGUAGUUUAGCAUUUCGUCCAUUUCAAAUACGGAAUGAUAUGAAACUUGCACCAGUCCUGCGAAGAGAUUUUACCAAAGAGGCCCAUUCAAAUUUAGAUGAGUGCCUAAAAUGCGCACAACCAAUAUCAAAGCUUUACAUUGACGAUUUAAAAAAUGGAACAAUAAUUCCAGGCAAGUGGAGACCGUCCACUGUUGAAACAAAAACUGACAUAGAUGAUGAAAUCUAUAUUGUAGAUGACUUUGAACUGGCUGGUCAAGAACUUGUUGAAGAAACUCAUGGUCCAAUUGACCGUUUUCGCACAAAGUUUUUUAAAUUUUCUGAAAAUCGUAGACCACCUUAUCACGGCACAUGGAGAAAACGUAGUACUGUUAUAAGACCAAAAAAUCCGUUUGCUAAAGAUACAAACUUUUUCGACUAUGAUAUCGAUUCAGAUUUGGAGUGGGAAGAAGAAGAACCUGGUGAAUCUUUAGAUGGUAGCGAUGACGAUAAAGAAAAGGAGUCCGAGGACGAUGAUUAUGAAGUAGACAAUGAAUGGUUUGUGCCUCAUGGUCAUCUAAGUGAAGAAGAAUUGCAAACCGAGGAUGAUAAACCCAUUGGAGAGGAUAACAUAAAUAAUAGAGAAGCUCAAAAAGCAAAAUUAAAAAUCCUUCAGCAGCAAUUUGCGCAAGAAAUGAAAAAAAAAACUGAAAAAAUUAAACCGCGUUUAAUAGGAUGCAUAUGGGUGGACGAAAACGGUAACCAGCCAGAUCAAUGUCCAAAAAUAAUUUGGGACACUUUAGGAAUGGGUUCAAUGCUAUAUACGAGCAAGAUAAUGAUAAAUGAACCAGAAAUUUCAGAAAAAAAUGAACCUAGCUCUCCUAGUACUCAAAAUUUAGAAAAAACGGGAGAUAAGUUAAAACCGCUUAUUUUGACUGAAAAGCUGCAAAAUGAUUUAGUUAGAUUAGUGCAUGGAAACAGUCAUUCCAAAGUCUUUCUUAUUAAAGAAUUUAUUGCUUAUGUUGAAGCAACCGAAGAAUCUGUUAAGAAUGGCGACGUAAAGGGACCUCUAAAAUCUACCAUACGUGAUAAAAUAGAUGAAUUUGCGGAAUGGAAGAUAACUGAAAUGAAAAGUAAAAAAAAAAACAAAAUUAAGAAAAGAUUAUGUUGGAUUGUUUCUGACGACAUUCUGAAUAAAAUGGGAUUAAAUCAUUUAGAUUUGCACAAUAAAUGGGAAUACAAUUUACAACCGAGAUUUGUGUUAAAAGAUGAUCAAUUUACGACUGAUGGGGAAAAUGUAGACGAUGUUUAUAAAAAUACAUCGGAAGCCAGUAAGGCGGAGGAGAAAACCGAAAACAAAAGUGCUUUAAAUUGUUUUAAUAAAUCAGACGCUGGUAUAAAAAAAUUUACAAAAUCACUAGCUAAUCAAAAGAAAGAAAAACAAUCAGAAAUUGAAAACACAUUUACCGAAGAUCCGAAUGUAAAUAAUGAUAGUGGGUCUUCAACACAAGCUAUUGCUGAAACAAACGCGAAAACAAACCCCAUUGAUGGCUUGAAAAAGAAACGCGUACCACUUCUAAUGUCUGUACCGCGAGGUCAUCAUUUUCCUGUUAAUAAGAAAAAUGCUCUUAUAAGUCAAUUUAUUCAAAACAAUUUAGAUAAAAAGUUUUCAAAAUCGAAUGAAGCUGUAGGAAACUGUUCGGAAGACAUAAUAGUAUUGGAUUAAUUGAUAUUUAGCGAUAUAAUUACCAUU